AUGCUAGAUUAUAUGGAUUAUAUUGUGAGGGCAUUCGAAAAAAGUACCAAUUGGAAUCGAGAUAGUAGCUAUGAAAAUAUCACAUCUACGUCAAGAGCUCUGUUGGAAUUCCAUAUACCAAAGACAUUUAAGUUCCAGACUUCGAAUAGAUCCACGACAAACACUUUCAGCACAUUGGAGAUUGAUAGAAAUAAUAAGAUCAAUGGUUCUUUGACUUAUCUAUAUACCGACGCUGAUAACGUCGAAAAGAUUGUUAAAAGCUCAUCCCAAGUGCUCCUACAGGAUGCUACAGAGACUUAUAGACACAUUCAGCCUUUCUUUUCGAGGCAAUUGGACGAUAUCACACAUGCCUUUGAGCCAAAGUCAUUGUACUAUGGUCGCAUCUACUAUCCAAAAUCUACUCUGGAAGCUAUGAUUAUCAAAAGAUUCAAUGUAAACACACAACUGGUGGUAAAAUGCAUAAGUAACAUGUAUUCAGAUAUGAAUAUAAUGCUACUUAAUUGGCAGAGGACGAAAGGCCAGAAUUUACAAGAAUUUGUGGUGUCAUCCAAUGGUCUGCUGUGUGGAUACAGAGUUUUACAUAAUUUUAUCAGUUCCCCAUCGAAAUUUAACAAUUCAUUAUACAAUAAUUCUUCAAUGUCACUAGGCGGUGAGGUAUGGCUGGGCCUAUCAACUUUAACGCCAGGAUGUUCUACCACACUCCGAUACUGUACGAAUUCGGCAAAUACUGGAAGGCCAUUAACUCUGACAUUUUCAUGGAAUCCUCUCUUUGGCCAUAUCUCUUCCAGUUACACUGCAAUGACAACGUCUAAUUCUACCAUAUCCGCUAAGUACGAUUUCAAUCUCUUCUCGAUAGAUUCUAAUUUAUCAUUUGGUUGCGAAUUUUGGAAGUCAGGAAGCAAGAUUAAUGAUCCUGAUCUUGAAUCCUCAUUUGAGAAUGUGGCCACAUUUGAAACCACUACAUCUAAUACGUCGGAUGCUGGCCCGGUUACAACAAGACACUAUAGCACUGUUGAGAAUGAUGUACUGUCCCUGUCGCCUCAUGAAGAAAGGCUACUCAAUGAUUUGACUGACACUUUCUCAGAAUCAUUACAAAAGAUGGAUAAAGAAAAAUCGAUCAUCGAACGAUUCAAGAAUAAAUUUCGGAAUGAGAAUUUCACUCAAGUAUGGAAGUUCGCAACAUCUUUACGUGAUAGGAAUCUCAAAAUUUUGUGGGAGGGAAAAUUUAGAGAAUUUCUCAUCUCUGCAGGUACUGAAUUGGUAUUUAGUAGAGACGUUUUAAUUUCUAAAGGAUUCGAUGAUAGUAAUAAUGCCCAAAAUAAUAACAGCAAAAUACCCGCAAAAUUUGGGAUUAAAAUACAAUAUUCCGUAUGA